AUGAAAACAUAUCCUGAUGUUCCAGUUGUGGUAGUCAAGCUAGCACUCUCAACCACGCAGAUCAGCUCCAUGAAUUGGUCUCACGACCUGAAAGUCCUCCUACAGGCUCUGCAAGCCAUGAAUCGCGACGGUGUCAGUGGUCAAAUUCUUGUCUCUGCAGUUCACGAUGGCGCAGCGAAUGCUCUCCUCACAAUGUGGUUCUUGAACCACACUGAUAUCACUCAAGGAGAGAGGUUAAUGCAGCCCUUCUUCGCGAUGCUCAGCCAGAAUGGCACAUCAAAUUCCUUGUCCUCAAGAGCUCUAUCUAGACUCACCUCUAGCUACCGCCAAGUCCCGGACAAAAACCCGACAAACAAUGGGAUUGUAGCCGGGUCAGUGGUUCUUUCCAAUGAGCUUUUUAACUCUAAAUACGGACCAGACCGCAUCGCACAGGCAUUUGCAGAUUUACCUAUGGCUCCCGGUGAUCUUUUUUUCACCAGCAAUCUCGGUGGUCGUGUAGUUGCUAUGCAGGAUGGUGAUAACACGGCCAUGCAUCCAGGCUGGCGGUCCUCAGCACAUCUAGUGAGCUACAUUCAAACUGUACAACCCUCGUUUGAAGCCAAGGCCUCAGCUUUGGAUAGAUUGACGCAUGAGUUAAUGCCCUUGCUUUACUCUAUUGACCCAGAAUUUCGUCUGUCCUACCGAAAUGUGGGAGACCCCAAUGAGAACGAUUUUCAGAGGGUCUAUUGGGGCCCAAAAUACGGGCGCUUACGAAGGGUGAAGAACAAGUGGGACCCUGAAGAUCUUUUCAUCUGCAAGUUGGGGGUUGGUAGUGAGCAAUGGGACGACCAACUUUUCUGCAGAAAUCGCCCCCGAGUGGUGGAUCGGAUUUUGGAUUGGGUACGUGGGUAUAUGCCAUGA